AGUUGGGGCUGGUGUCAACUGAUUUACUGCAGUGGCGGCGGCGGCGGCGGCGGCACCGGCACCUUGCAGUCUCAGUGGGGAGACGGCGGCUGGAUAGCGCUUGGCGCCCCACGGGUUAUCCAAGCAGGAUCUGCGCACCCCGCAUCCUCGGUAGUUCCGCCCUAUCCUUGUCCUCCUUGGCUGGGGCGCCCACCGGCGGUCUGACAGGCUGCAUCGCGGCAUGAGGUGAAGCUGUGACAGGUUUGAAAACACAAUGGCAGGAAACAGCCUUGUUCUACCCAUUGUUCUUUGGGGUCGAAAAGCGCCCACACAUUGCAUCUCAGCGGUACUUUUAACAGAUGAUGGGGCCACAAUCAUAACAGGAUGCCACGAUGGACAAAUAUGUCUCUGGGAUCUUUCAGUAGAACUGGAAAUUAAUCCUCGAGCACUGUUGUUUGGUCAUACAGCGUCAAUCACUUGUUUGUCUAAAGCUUGUGCUUCCAGUGACAAACAGUAUAUUGUGAGUGCAUCUGAAAGUGGAGAGAUGUGCCUCUGGGAUGUGAGUGAUGGCAGAUGUAUUGAAUUUACAAAAUUAGCUUGCACACAUACUGGCAUACAGUUCUACCAGUUCUCUGUUGGGAAUCAGCAAGAAGGAAGGCUUUUAUGCCAUGGACAUUACCCUGAAAUCCUUGUUGUGGAUGCUACCAGCCUUGAAGUAUUAUACUCCUUAGUAUCAAAGAUAUCACCAGACUGGAUUAGCUCCAUGAGUAUUAUUCGAUCCCACCGAACACAAGAGGACACGGUGGUAGCACUCUCGGUGACUGGCAUCCUGAAGGUCUGGAUUGUUACCUCGGAAAUAAGUGACAUGCAGGAUACUGAGCCAAUAUUUGAGGAGGAAUCCAAACCAAUUUAUUGUCAGAAUUGCCAAAGCAUCUCUUUUUGUGCAUUUACACAAAGGUCACUUUUGGUUGUGUGUUCCAAAUAUUGGAGGGUGUUCGAUGCCGGAGACUAUUCCUUGUUGUGUUCAGGUCCUAGUGAAAAUGGACAGACAUGGACCGGAGGGGACUUUAUCUCAGCAGAUAAAGUCAUCAUUUGGACAGAAAAUGGGCAAAGUUAUAUUUACAAACUACCUGCCAGUUGCCUUCCAGCUAGUGAUUCAUUCCGCAGUGAUGUGGGGAAAGCAGUUGAAAAUUUAAUUCCUCCGGUACAACAUAGCCUCUUGGAUCGAAAAGAUAAAGAGUUGCUAAUUUGUCCUCCUGUUACUCGGUUCUUCUAUGGAUGCAGAGAAUAUUUCCAUAAACUAUUAAUUCAGGGUGAUUCUUCUGGAAGGUUGAAUAUUUGGAACAUAUCAGACACAGCUGAUAAACAGGAAAGUGAAGAAGGGCUGGCAAUGACAACUUCUGUUAGUUUGCAAGAGGCAUUUGAUAAGCUGAAUCCUUGUCCUGCUGGAAUUAUAGAUCAGCUGAGUGUGAUUCCCAAUAGUAAUGAACCUCUUAAAGUAACUGCAAGUGUGUACAUACCAGCACAUGGACGACUUGUUUGUGGUCGUGAAGAUGGAAGCAUCAUUAUUGUACCUGCCACACAGACGGCCAUAGUACAGCUGCUGCAAGGGGAACACAUGCUCAGAAGAGGUUGGCCACCUCACAGAACACUCCGUGGUCAUCGGAACAAAGUCACAUGUUUGCUAUAUCCUCAUCAGGUUUCAGCUCGGUAUGAUCAAAGAUACCUGAUAUCUGGAGGUGUGGAUUUUUCAGUCAUAAUUUGGGACAUAUUUUCUGGAGAAAUGAAACAUAUCUUCUGUGUUCAUGGUGGUGAGAUUACACAACUUCUAGUUCCACCUGAAAACUGUAGUGCAAGAGUACAGCACUGCAUCUGCUCUGUAGCCAGUGACCACUCAGUAGGACUUCUAAGUUUGCGAGAGAAAAAAUGCAUAAUGUUGGCAUCUCGUCACCUUUUUCCUAUUCAAGUAAUCAAAUGGAGGCCUUCUGAUGAUUACCUGGUGGUGGGGUGUUCAGAUGGUUCUGUGUACGUCUGGCAAAUGGAUACUGGUGCAUUGGAUCGUUGUGUGAUGGGGAUAACAGCAGUAGAGAUUCUAAACGCUUGUGAUGAAGCUGUUCCUGCUGCUGUUGAUUCACUUAGUCAUCCAGCAGUCAACCUAAAACAAGCUAUGACGAGACGUAGUCUUGCUGCUCUUAAAAAUAUGGCCCAUCAUAAGCUACAAACCCUUGCAACUAACCUCUUGGCUUCUGAGGCAUCUGACAAGGGAAAUUUACCUAAAUAUUCUCAUAACUCCCUGAUGGUUCAAGCAAUAAAGACAAACCUAACAGACCCGGACAUACAUGUGCUAUUCUUUGAUGUGGAAGCGUUGAUUAUUCAACUCCUGACUGAAGAAGCCUCUAGGCCGAAUACUGCGCUUAUUUCCCCAGAGAAUUUGCAAAAAGCAUCUGGCAGUUCAGACAAAGGGGGCUCUUUUUUAACUGGAAAACGAGCAGCAGUUCUCUUCCAACAAGUGAAAGAAACGAUCAAAGAGAACAUCAAGGAACACCUCCUUGAUGAUGAAGAGGAGGAUGAGGAGAUAAUGAGGCAGAGAAGGGAAGAAAGUGAUCCUGAAUAUCGGUCCAGCAAAUCAAAGCCAUUGACCCUAUUAGAAUAUAAUUUAACUAUGGACACUGCAAAGCUGUUUAUGUCCUGCCUUCACGCCUGGGGUUUGAAUGAAGUACUGGAUGAAGUUUGCCUGGAUCGCCUUGGAAUGCUGAAACCCCACUGCACAGUAUCGUUUGGCCUCUUGUCAAGAGGAGGCCAUAUGUCACUGAUGCUGCCAGGUUAUAAUCAGCCUGCUUGUAAACUGUCACACGGGAAAACAGAAGUAGGAAGGAAGCUGCCAGCGACUGAGGGAGUAGGAAAGGGAACUUAUGGAGUGUCCCGUGCCGUCACCACACAGCAUCUCCUGUCUAUCAUUUCUUUGGCAAAUACUUUAAUGAGUAUGACCAAUGCAACUUUUAUUGGUGAUCAUAUGAAGAAGGGUCCUACCAGGCCACCUAGACCAAGCACCCCAGACCUUUCUAAGGCAAGGGGUUCCCCUCCAACUUCCAGUAAUAUUGUGCAAGGACAGAUUAAACAAGAAACUGCUGUACUUCAAUUCUCUCCUCUUUACUUCUUCUCUUUUCCUCUGCAAGUCGCUGCACCUGUCGUUUCCGCUCGGUCUGAUGCUGAUCACUCUGGCUCUGACCCUGCUUCUGCUCCUGCUUUACAUACCUGUUUCUUAGUAAAUGAAGGUUGGAGUCAGUUAGCUGCUAUGCACUGUGUUAUGCUGCCAGACCUACUGGGAUUGGAUAAAUUUAGGCCUCCCCUUCUGGAGAUGCUGGCCCGAAGAUGGCAAGAUCGAUGCUUGGAGGUGAGAGAAGCCGCGCAGGCCCUGCUUCUGGCGGAACUGAGAAGAAUUGAGCAGGCAGGCAGGAAGGAAGCCAUUGAUGCCUGGGCUCCUUACUUACCUCAGUACAUAGACCACGUCAUAUCACCUGGAGUCACAUCAGAAGCCAUGCAGACUAUCACCACGGCUCCUGAUGCCUCAGGGCCUGAAGCAAAAGUCCAGGAGGAAGAGCAUGACCUUGUUGAUGAUGACAUCACCACUGGUUGCUUAUCAAGUGUCCCACAAAUGAAAAAAAUUUCUACAUCUUAUGAGGAAAGACGGAAGCAAGCUACUGCUAUUGUUUUACUUGGAGUAAUAGGAGCUGAAUUUGGUGCUGAAAUUGAACCUCCUAAACUAUUGACCAGACCUCGAAGCUCUAGCCAAAUUCCUGAGGGAUUCGGGUUGACUAGUGGUGGAUCCAACUACUCGCUGGCCAGACAUACUUGCAAGGCACUGACGUUUCUUCUGCUACAGCCUCCAAGCCCCAAACUUCCUCCACACAGCACUAUCCGAAGAACAGCCAUUGAUCUGAUUGGACGCGGGUUCACUGUUUGGGAGCCUUACAUGGAUGUGUCCGCUGUUCUGAUGGGGCUUCUCGAACUUUGUGCCGAUGCUGAGAAACAACUUGCCAACAUCACAAUGGGGUUGCCUCUGAGUCCAGCAGCUGACUCGGCCCGCUCUGCGAGGCAUGCCCUCUCGCUCAUUGCCACCGCCAGACCACCCGCCUUCAUCACCACCAUAGCCAAAGAGGUACACAGACAUACGGCUCUUGCAGCAAAUACCCAAUCACAGCAGAAUAUGCACACAACAACUCUCGCACGAGCUAAAGGGGAAAUUCUGAGAGUCAUUGAAAUUCUUAUUGAAAAGAUGCCCACAGAUGUUGUGGAUCUUCUUGUGGAGGUUAUGGACAUCAUUAUGUACUGCCUUGAAGGAUCUUUAGUUAAAAAGAAAGGUCUUCAAGAAUGUUUCCCAGCCAUCUGCAGGUUCUACAUGGUCAGCUAUUAUGAGCGGAAUCACAGAAUAGCAGUUGGAGCUCGCCAUGGUUCAGUGGCCCUGUACGACAUCCGGACUGGAAAAUGUCAGACAAUCCAUGGACACAAGGGACCAAUCACUGCAGUGGCUUUUGCUCCUGAUGGAAGAUAUCUUGCCACCUACUCAAACACUGACAGCCACAUUUCUUUUUGGCAGAUGAACACAUCACUGCUGGGAAGCAUCGGCAUGCUGAACUCAGCACCUCAGCUGCGCUGCAUUAAAACCUACCAGGUGCCCCCUGUGCAGCCUGCGUCCCCCGGCUCCCACAAUGCCCUCAAGCUGGCCCGGCUCAUCUGGACUUCCAACCGCAACGUCAUCCUCAUGGCCCAUGACGGGAAGGAGCACCGCUUCAUGGUCUAGCGCUGCUGCCUGCCGCCGUGACUGCGUUUUAGUUCUCUAAAUUAUCCAAGCCGAUGUUGCUCUGUCCUUCCUCACACCAGAUUAUUCCCAGGGGCCUGCCCACCCCAGUGCCGUCUAGGGGCGCGGCCAGGUCUUGUCACUUGUGCGUGCUUCUCGGGGGGCAGACCCGCUCGUGCCAUCUAUCAAUUCAGAGGCACGCACACAUGCUCUGCAGGAUGUGGCCAUCCUGUCACCAGGUAGUUUUUCCCUGCCAGAGAUGGGCAGGGAAAGCCAGCGGUUCCUGGGAACGCUCUUGUUGCUUGGUGCAACAGAAGCACAAAAAUCAAUAAACACUGUGAUUGCACUCCCAGCCCAGAUCAGCAUUUUUAGCCAUCUCAACCCCACCUCUGAAGUGCUGCUUCAAUCUGGCCGUUCUGGCACUGGGUGUUGAGGUCAUGUGGCAGUCCUCAUGAUUGAAAUUAUUGCCCUUUGAAUUUCCUAAAAUAUUGUUUACCAAAAAGAUUCUGUGUUUACAUGUUCUUUUCUUCUGGUGAUUGCUAGGAAAUUACUCAAUCCAAUUUCCUAGGGUUUAGCUACCGCCUUCUUUAUCAACAGCUAACCAAUUUGAGAUUCAUGAUUAAUUAUGUACACAAAAAUAUUUUCCUUGUAGAAAAUAGUUUUCCAGACAGCCUUCUGAAGUGCUCAUCUCUUGCUUAAAUGAUAGUAUAUUUAGUAGUUUAAAAUAAAAAUAAUCACUCCCUAUGAUCUAGUUAAUGUAAUUAUCCAGUCACUGUAACUAAUCUCUUGAAGGGACUUUUGUGAUAAAGAGCCAAGUUCAGAAGCAUAGCGUGUACCGAAAAUGAAGACUCUCCUAUCUACUGCUACAGAUCCUGUUGAAGAAAGAGCUUACCCCUUUCCCCUGGAAACCUUGCAAUCCUGUAGUUCCCAUAUGUGUGGCAUAUGUCAGUUAUGAAAUUAUUAUAAUUCAGCCUUCAAACUACUACUGAUCAACUAAAGGAAAGCUAAUAAGGUAUUUCUUUUAAACAAGUAUUCUGGAAAAUAAUAACUAUGGCACAAAUGUUCAGGAGUGUAUAUAAAAAUGUGUGGCUCUCAAUUUAUUUCAGCAGACAUUGCAGUGAGGGUGUUCAUUAUGCUUCUAAGUAAGCUUUAACUAGAUCACUUUCUUCUUAUGUCAGAUUGUGCUGGUUCUAGCUCAUAAUAAUGAAAAAAUAGAAUAAUAUUUUGUAUGAAUUGUUUCUAACCUUGAUCUGUAUAUACUUGUGAGGGGUUGUUUGGUUGCCUAAUUGUUAAUUGGUUGGUUAGUUGGGCAAAAUCAUUUAUUACAUGCAAAAAUAGAAAAUUAUUUGUUAAAUUCAGAGAAAAUAUGUGAAGUUUACAAAGGAACCAAAAUGAUAAUGGGAAAAUUUAGUCUUAAAAGUUUAGGUUGUCAGAGUUUAUCUAAUAUAUAAAAAAGUAGGAUCAAGGUCUAGGAACAAACAUUGGUUAUUUCACUGAAACAGAUUUUUAAAGAACAUGUUAAGAAAUUAAGACCAUUAGAUCAUCUCUUUCAUAUUGAUAUGAUGUUAUUUCCAUUGAUGGCAAAUCUAUACUGUUCCUUGGUUUUAGAGUUGGGUAUUCUUUCAAAAGUGAAUUUAGGCACAUGCAUGUACAUUGUAUUUAUAAAGAUUAUAUAUGUAGUUUCCAAGGAAGAAACAAAGACCUAUACAGUGUAGACUUUAUUUGUUUGGUGAACGUGCUGUUGUGUUUGGCAUAGCUAGAGAAAUGUAAGGUAAACUAAAAGGCUCACUUUGUUUUCCAAUGGGUCCAGAGUCUUCUGUAUACCCAACAUAUGUUUACUUUAUGAACUUAAAUGGAAAUUAAUUUAUUGUAGACUACAUCUCUAUUUGGAAUGAUGAGGUAAAUGUAUACCUUAGCAUUUUCUUUAACAAAAAUAUUCUGUGUAUCAGGAAAGAGGUGUGAGAGCGGUAGGCAGCCUGCCGCAAACACACGGAUGGCUCCCACCGCCACGAAGUUUGAGAACAAAGCCAGGGGGCCCAGAGGAGCAACAGCCCUGGGUCAUAAGCGUGGGUCGGCCUUUCACGUGUUCUGUCUGCACAGGCAACCAAGGCCAGUAGAAAGCUGUGGCUGCAAAACCCUGGGGUGGAUGAUGUUUGGUGAUUAGACAGUCAUCUCUAACUGCUAAACUAAUAUCUGCAUUCUUGUUAACAUAAAUCUCUCCUUGGCUAUUUUAAUAGCCACAGUCCCAGACUUCAUCCCAGCUUAGAUUUCUCAGCACUGAGGUCAACUCUGCAUUGUCAUCCCAGCGUACACCUUUAAUGUUUUAUUGAUUUCAUUGGCACUGUAUUUGGACCUGUCCUUGUAUAUGUAGAGGCAUAUGUGGCUUCAUUGGUAAUUUACAAGCAAAAGAUGACAUGAUGUGACACCUGUAUGAAAAUGUAAUGAUUGAACUCCCUGCGUACAGCGAGUGAAUUAAAAUGUCUGCCUCUCCAGACAUUUCUUAAUGAUUCCACUUAAUAGACUCUAUGUGUGCUGAAUGUUCCUGUGUACAUAUGUGUGUUAAAUAAAACAAUUGUAUUGAAAA